CCUUUGGGGUUAACCAAAGCAAACCCUAGAAUGUGCGGAGAAAGCCUCACUUCCCAUUGGCUCAAAGAGUUUGAACUCCGCCUCUGAUUGGCUGUCAGGAUUUUAAAGGGAGUUGCGGGUCCCGGUUAAAGGAACAUCGCGAGGGUAGUUCAUGGUUAGAAAGUUAGAUUCAGCAAGUGAGCGGCGCCCCGGCACCUAUAGCAGAUCGCUCUGCGGCUGGUGUCAGUAUUAAAAGCUGCAUCGAGUUUAUUUUUCUCAUUUCUGAAUAAGAAAAAAAAGAGGAAGUAAGGACAACUGAGGAAUGGACCUGAGUUCAGGAGUUCAGAAGAUGUCUGUUAGCCAGCAACAUUCAGGAAGAGGCGUGCCUUGCUUGAGAUGUAGGGGGAUGUGUACGGGCUUUGAACCGCAUUCUUGGAGGAAAAUAUGCAAGUCAUGCAAAUGCAGCCAGGAAGAUCACAGUCUCAGCUCCGAUGCAGAAGAUGAUCGGAAAAUUGGCCGCCUGCUCUCAGAUUCAAAAUAUUCCUCGCUAACUGCUCGGGUGAAAGGAGGUGAUGGCGUUCGCAUCUAUAAAAGGAACCGCAUGAUUAUCACUAAUCCUAUUGUGUCCCGAAAAGAUCCGACUUUUGAUACUGUUACAUAUGAAUGGGCUCCUCCUGGACUCACUCAGAAACUGGCGACCCAGUACAUGGAACUGAUUUCAAAAGAAAUGCAGCCGGUGGCUGGUACAGAAGGAGCUUAUUAUCGGCGCAGGCGGAUGAUGAGACAGCUUCCGAUUUAUGACCAGGACCCUUCCCACUGCUGUGGCCUUUCUGAGAAUGAAGUAAAGCUGAUGGAAGACUUUGUAAAGCAAUAUAAAAGCGAGGCCCUCGGAGUGGGAGAAGUUGCUCUGCCGGGUCAAGGAGGAGCCACCAAAGAUGAAGGGAAACAGCAAGAUAAAAAUGUCCCUGCGAACAAGGAAACAGUUUCAACCAAUGGAACGCUGGCUAAUGCUGCCAAGAGACAGGAAUAUUUUUGUGACCUCUGCAAGCAUCUGCUGCCCAUGGAAUGCCCUGUGAUCUAUGCUGACAGAGCAGGCUAUGAUCACCAGUGGCAUCCCGCAUGCUUUGUGUGCUCCAAGUGCUCUGAACCUCUUGUUGAUCUCAUCUACUUCUGGAAUAAUGGAGCCAUUUGGUGCGGACGCCAUUACUGUGAGAACAUCCGGCCGCGCUGCACAGCCUGCGAUGAGAUCAUAUUUUCUGAGGACUACCAACAAGCCGAAGGUUUUGUCUGGCAUAAGAAACACUUUACCUGCUUGGAGUGUGAGACAUUGCUUUCUGGCAAACCCUUCAUCCUGGAUGGUGCCAACUUGCUGUGUACGACUUGCAGUAAAAACAAACAACUUUAAAGAGGGUGUGUAUUUUCAAAACCCCAACUCAGAGGAGAUAUGAUUUAAUGGGCCAGAAAAUGGUAGGGAGGGAGGCAUAAGGGAAGGAAGGCUGCAUACUCAACUGUAUUUAUGAAUAAAUAUAAUUGGUUCCACUGAA